AUACCCCGCUCCCUCCCCAAGCCUUCCUGCCCCAAGGCCAAGAUUCAUCCAAGAUGGGGGUCAGUCGUGGCUGUUUGCUGUGCGUUAAGGUGAAGAUGUUCGUCUUCAACCUUAUCUUCUGGCUAGGUGGUUGCGGGGUGCUCGGCGUGGGAGUCUGGCUGGCCGUCACUCAGGGCCGCUUUGCCACCUUGUCCUUCUCCUUCCCGUCGCUGUCGGCGGCGGGGCUGUUCAUGGCCACCGGAGCCAUCAUCAUGGUGGUGGGCUUCCUUGGAUGCUUGGGGGCUGUCACAGAAAACCGCUGCCUGCUUCUGACGUUCUUCCUGGUUCUCUCCACCCUCUUCCUCCUGGAACUGGUUGGGUUGUUGGUGUUUGUCACCUGCCGGGACAAGUUUGACAGCUAUGCUCAGGCCAACCUGAAGGAAGGGCUUAAGCUCUACAAGACGGAGGACAACGUGGGGCUAACCAACGCGUGGGACCUCGUGCAGACAGAGUUUCGAUGUUGCGGGGUGCAGAACUACACGGACUGGUUCGAGGCGCACAACAGAACGUGGGUGCCCGAGUCGUGUUGCUUGCCGCCCAGUAACUGCCAGGCGGACGGCGCUCAGUUGCAGCGUUGGUGGCCGGAGCCCUGUUACUGGAAGGUGAAAGACUGGCUGGGACAGAACAUCUCUGCGAUGGGCAUCUUUGCUGCCUGCAUCAUUGUGGUCCAGGUCUUGGGCAUCGUGUUCUCCAUGCUGAUGUACUGCCAGGUCCGGCGGGCAGAGAAAUAUUACGACUGAGUUGGUCUGAGCCCCCUCCCCACCCGUCAACCCU